AUGGAGAACAUUAAAUCUAUGCAAGACCAUAAUAAGGAGCAAGACUCUCAGCCAAAUGGAGUCCUUCCCCAAAGCGAGGGAACUGCUUCCCAGCCGAAGCCUAGCCCCGAACCACCGCUAGAAGCAACUCCGAAAGAUGCCUUACUUACAGGGCCCUUUCAAACCGUGUUAGAGACUCUGGCAGAUCUCGAGCGUGACGACCCGAAGCUCGCCUUUCAGGCCUCUCGGCUGGUCGGAAUCUACCGUCGCCUAUGGGAGUCGUGGCGAUCAACGCCAAUCUUCCCCUGA